AUGACGCUAUUUUCUUUUCGUCGUGCUUGGUGGAUAGUAUUCUUAUUUAUCUUGACCACGAUACCUCCUUCCUUGCAGCAUAAUCGCGAAAGCAUUACCGAAGAGGAAGUAGAACAUCACCAUCAUCUAUUUCGAAAUGUGCUCAUCAUUAUGUUCGUUCUUCUCCUACUCAAUAUCUUGACAGCUUGGGUGCUGAGAAUCUAUCAUAUUGUUAUCGUGCAUGAGACGGGACUGGCGAUGAUAUAUGGCCUGAUAACUGGAGCAGUUGUUAAGUAUUCUUUGCCACCUGAGGAGCAAGAAAUCUCGAAGGCUUGUAUGUUUACUGUGAAGAACGAUAACAUUCCGGCCAUUCUUCAUGCAACAAUUGAUAAUAAAACGUGUGCCUAUGGAUUAUUAAAUGUUUACGAUACCGAUAACCCUGAUUUACCCCAACCACAACUGGUCGAUAUGCUCAUCUUCAAUUCGGAAAUCUUUUUCUAUAUUAUGCUUCCUCCAAUCAUAUUCUUUGCUGGAUACGAUUUACGACGCAGGCAUUUCUUUCGCAAUUUUGGAUCAAUUCUUUUCUAUGCCAUUGUUGGAACCAUUAUUUCCUGUUUUGUCAUCAGUGGCAUAAUGUAUGGAUAUGUUACAAAAAUUUAUCCUAUUCCUGGUUUUAAAUUUGUCGACUGCCUAUUAUUUGGUGCUAUGAUUUCAGCAACAGAUCCUGUCACUGUCUUGGCUAUUUUUCAACAUUUACAUGUCGAUUCCAAAUUGUAUGCCUUGGUCUUUGGAGAAAGUGUUCUCAAUGAUGCAGUCUCUAUCGUUUUAUAUAGUGCUAUUUUAACUUAUUCACCUGAUAUGAGCGAAAGCGAAAAUGGUUUUGAUGGUGCUGCAUUCUUUGAAUUACUGCUCAAUUUCCUAUGGAUUUUUCUUGGUUCAUUUGGUGUUGGUUGCUUAAUGGGCUUAUUAACAGCAUUAAUAUCCUACCACGAUCAUUUUCAUGAUAAAUAUCUUUCCAUUUUCAUCAUCAUUUCCUAUUUAACUUUUCUCAUUGCUGAAGCUUUUCAUUUAACAGGAAUUGUAGCCAUUCUAUUCUGUGGUAUUAUCCAAUCCCAUUAUACCUAUAAAAAUUUAUCUGCUGAAUCUAGAACUAGAACAAAACAAACUAUUGAAAUGAUCAGCUUCCUAGCUGAAAAUGCCGUAUUCUCCUAUAUGGGACUUUCAUGUUUCGUUUUCCCCUAUCAUAGAUUUUAUAUGGGAUUUGUUGUAUUUUCAUUUAUCGCAAUUUUAACAGGUCGCCUAUGCAAUAUAUAUCCAAUCAGUUUCAUCUUAAAUAGAGCUCGUCAAAACAGGAUUGGCUACAGGCUUCAGCACAUGAUGCUUUUUUCUGGUCUACGAGGUGCUAUCGCCUUCGCUCUGGCUAUUCGCAAUACAUCUAGCAAAGUUCGUCAACUCAUGUUUACAACAACGGUGGUAAUUGUAUUUAUUACAGUCUUAUUUAAUGGAGGUACAACAACAAUGAUGUUGCGGUGGCUAAAAAUCAAGUUAGUAUUAGAUAUUGAAUGA